AUGGCUGCAUCGCCAUUGCGCAGUCCACGAGAAUGCGCUAGCCUCGGGACAGGUGCUGAUGAGAUGAAUUUAGAAGCUGUGCAGAGCAAUGACACACCAACAGCAGCAGCAGCACUGAUGCUUCCCCCCUCGGGCGAGCUCAUCCGAGCUGCGCGGCUGCAGAACGUCUGGGAGCAGCACCUGCGAAGUUUGUACGGCUACUGUGCUGUGCAUGCGUUGGAGUGGCCAAGCCUCACGGUCGAUUGGCUCCCCAAUCGCCAGAUUGAGUCUUCUGAAGUAGAUUACACUCUGCAGUACAUCGCAGUCGGUACGCAGGCAAGUGCUGAACACCAGAACUACGUACGCGUCAUGGGGGUGACGGUGCCCGUUGAGAUGGACGAGGAGCUGGUGUACCAGAAUCUUGUGGGGUGUGAAACCGGUGAUGUGGAGCCGAGGGUGGAAGAUGUAAAUGGGACGGAUGCGGAGGUUGGCUCUCCUGGAGGAUCCCGAAGCGUCUAUGGACACUGCGCUGUGGGUCAAACGCUCCUCAUGGAGGAUCCAGUGCUGAAGAUUCGCGCAAUGCCUCAGAUGUCGGAUGUUAUUGCUGUGAAGACGACGACAGGAUUUGUUGGUGUAUAUAGCCUUGCCCUUCGACCAGUGGAGGUGGCGGACAACGCGGCUGAAGGACCAACACAACCUGACUUGUGUCUCCGCGGCCACAGGACAGGUGGGUUCGCGUUGAGCUGGAGCACCGUAAAGAAGGGCUUUAUCGCUAGCGGUGCGGAUGACGGUCACGUAAAAUACUGGGAUAUUGGUCAUCGACUGUCUGCCUCAAACACUGCAGGUAACUCGCGCGAUAGACAUGACGUGCAGCCGCUUGGCCAACUGGCGGCCCACGCGGAGGCAGUGACGGAUGUGUGCUGGCAUGGCUCGCAGGGGCAUCUGCUGCUCACCGCUGGGAUGGACGGUGCAAUGCACCUGUGGGACACACGGGUGGGAGAGAGCGGCUGUUCGUGGCCCCGCGCCCAUGAGGGUGGCAUUACCGCCGCACAGCUGCACCCUGCCGCCACCUAUCAGGUGGCCAGUGCGGGUGUAGACGGCGUGCUGUGCCUGUGGGAUAUUCGACGCCACCAGAAGGAGCCGCUUGCCACACUGAAGUUCCACGAUGGCGGCAUCGCGGGCAUCCAGUGGGCCCCCUUCAGUGACACGGUGCUGACCACGUUUGGUGAGGAUGGCCGCGUGGUCGUGUGGGAUAUGGCGAAACGCUUUCUCUCAGCGACACACAGCGACGCAAAUCUGGCUCCACCGGAGGUGUCGUUCGUGCAUAUUGGGCACUUGGGGCGCGUCACGGAUAUGUCGUGGUGCACGGGACAGGGUGAUGAGUGGCUGAUGGCGUCAACAGACGUGAUGAAUGGACUGCACGUGUAUCGCCCGCUGAAGAGUGUGGUUCUGGAUUACAUCCAACCGUGA